AUGCCGCCGACGGGGCGGAAGCGGAAGGCUCGCCCGUCCCAGCCGGCGCGGCGCCCGCGUUCCCUCUCCCGCUUGGACUUCCGCUCGCCGUCGGACGGCGCGUGGUACGGCGCGCGCGUGACGGUGCAGCACGGCGCGCUCCGCGUCAUGUACGAGGAGUUCCCCGAGGAGCAGGACGAGUGGUACGACCCCGCGACGCUCGCGGCGGCAUCCUCCGCGCGCUACGGCGUGGCCGCGCUCCGCGCCAGGUUCCGCGCGCCGGCGCCGCCCCUCGACGACGCCGGGUGCCGCGACCUCCGCGCCGGCGCGCCGCUCUGCGUCUCCUGCCCGCUCGACGGCGGCCUGCUCAAGUUCUACGACGCCGUCCUCGAGUCCGUAUCGCCGGCGGCCCACGGCGUCGUGAACGGCGAGGACCGGUGCGCGUGCCGUUUCGCGGUGCGGUGGACGGAGGGGCCGCGCGCCGGGAGCAGGGAGGAGGUCGGCGUCGAGCGGGUCUGCUGCGUGCAGUCCACGCCGGUGGAGGACCCGGUGCUCAGCGAGUUCUUCGACGGCGUGACCAAGCUGCUCGGCGGCAAUGGCGACGGGGGCGCGACGGCGUCUCAGGAGAUCGGCGCCGUCGCGGCAGCGGAAGACAGCGUCCCUGCGGAUGCCCCGCCGGGGUUUCACUGGAAAUUUGGGGCAAGGGCUUAG